CCGGCACGCAGUCUCUACGCUUAGGUCCCAGAUCGUCACCAUGAAGCUGAUACUUCUGUACCUGGCCGUGGUGCUCUGCACCGUUUGCAAAGCUACAAGUGUCAGAGGUAGAGCUGGCCUCGGUACCUACUCACGCUUUGGAUUGGGAGUUUUGCUAUCUGGUAAAAAGACUCUGAGUGCCAAGAAUUCUGGUGGGAACAAAGACGACAGCGUGUCUGCUGGAGGUAAAGAGAACUCAAACGAUGCACUUAGGCUUGGUUUGGAUGGCGCUGCGAGUGUAAACACUAAUUUAGAUGCUUCUGCUACACACCGUGUUGGAGGAAGUGGAUCUUCCACAACUCCGCAGAAAGAUGAGCGUUCUCCUUUUGAUCUCAUUAAAGCUAUUUUGAGAUUACAAGGAGCCACAAGUGGAAGCAGUAAGCUGAGUGUGCACUCAACAAAUGAUCCCUCCGCCGAGCCAGGAGAUGAUCCUACAGCCCAGGGGCCACAAGCAACUGCAUCUAGUACACCAAAGCAGAAUGUAGACAUUAACUUGUCGUCUGCAGGCUCUGCAACCUCCAAUGACGGAGCUCCCACACCUAGGGAACAGUCAAGUGCGGAUUCCUUAUUGGAAGAAUCGCAAAACCUAGGGAAUGAGUCCCCGACUGAAGCCAGUGGCUCAGCUGACAAGCCUACUGCACAUUCAGGUAAAGAGAACUCAAACGAUGCACUUAGGCUUGGUUUGGAUGGCGCUGCGAGUGUAAACACUAAUUUAGAUGCUUCUGCUACACACCGUGUUGGAGGAAGUGGAUCUUCCACAACUCCGCAGAAAGAUGAGCGUUCUCCUUUUGAUCUCAUUAAAGCUAUUUUGAGAUUACAAGGUAGUGGCAAAGGUGGUAGCAGUGCAGAAACUGGAAGCAGCAGAGGUCGUGGCAGAGGGUCAGGAGCCACAAGUGGAAGCAGUAAGCUGAGUGUGCACUCAACAAAUGAUCCCUCCGCCGAGCCAGGAGAUGAUCCUACAGCCCAGGGGCCACAAGCAACUGCAUCUAGUACACCAAAGCAGAAUGUAGACAUUAACUUGUCGUCUGCAGGCUCUGCAACCUCCAAUGACGGAGCUUCACCAGCUAGGGAACAGUCAAGUGCCGAUCCCUUAAUGGAAGAAUCGCAAAAUCUAGGGAACGAGUCCCCGACUGAAACCAGUGGCUCAGAAGACAGCUCUAAUGAAGAGAACCUGAAAAAGGUCCUAAAGGCCUUUGCUGACAGAAUUCCACAGUCAAGCACUGGUUCCAGUGACUCAGCUGACAGGCCUAAUGCAUAUUCAGGUAAUUCAUUUUCAGGAGAAUUGGAGCGAAUAUUUGACAGCAACCCGACUAAAGCCAGUGUCUCAGGUAAAGAGAACUCAAACGAUGCACUUAGGCUUGGUUUGGAUGGCGCUGCGAGUGUAAACACUAAUUUAGAUGCUUCUGCUACACACCAUGUUGGAAGAAGUGGAUCUUCCACAACUCCGCAGAAAGAUGAGCGUUCUCUUUUUGAUCUCAUUAAAGCUAUUUUGAGAUUACAAGGUAGUGGCAAAGGCGGUAGCAGUGCAGAAACUGGAAGCAGCAGAGGUCGUGGCAGAGGGUCAGGCAAUGGUCUCAUGCUGCAGGAUCAACCAGCACCUGCUUCUGGUAGAAAUGACAAGACUGUAGACACUAGUGGUCUGUCUACAGAGUCUGCAAUCUCCAAUGAAGAAAAUCUGAGUGGUUCAGGUGACUCCAAUAAAGUAAGUGGGCCAAGUUCCUCAGCUGUCGUCUCCACAGAUUCAGGAGAUGAUGGGAAUCUGGAGGAUAAACAAGUACCUAGGUUUAAUGGAGAUGAGAGGGAUGGAGAGAAUAACAGUGACUUUUUUGGUGCUGGAAGCUUGGAUACUGGAAAUACGAGUGACUCAGGGAGCCAUAAUUUGUCUUCUGGGUCUGGAAGUAGUGUAAGAAGUAAUGUUUCUAUCGGUGCUGGACCUUCUGACCAAAAUGAAUCUGCUGACCUUGGUGGUAGUGGCAGAGUUACCUGUGCUGGCAAGACCGUAUCUGGAGCUUCUUCUGUGGCUUAGAUAUUUAGAGUCAUUUCUCAUUUGGAAAAUAAUUUUUGAAAUCUACUUUUAAAGCAAUGAUGAAAAUAAUUAGCAUUCAUAUUCAUAAUUUGCAAUCAACUCAGGCUUUGGAAUGAUUAUCUACUUAGUUAUGAUCAGGUAGAAGUCUUUUAUCUUCCACUGGCAUGUAAAGAGCCAGGGCUGUUGUCUGUUUCCUUAUUUGUCUUCUUUCUAAAGUGAUUUGGACUCUGCUACAGUGGUUAGUGUUUGGCUCAAUCUUUAUAUCCUGGAUGUAGAGUUGAUUGGCUGGGCGAUUUUUGCAGAUAUGUUUUGGAGAGGCAUAGCCAUGUUCAUCUGUUUUUGCAAUAUCAUAGGAAUUCUACAAAUUGUUAAGAUAAUAUUUGUGACUGCUCAUUCAAUUUGAUAACUUUCACUCUUGGGAAUUAGUAAAGAAAAAGGCCCCUUACACCUUCUGGAAUGAGCAUUCAGAAAAAAUUUACUAUUCAUUGGAACAGGAUAUUAGGCUCAAUAUAUGACUGCAGUGAGAAACCUAAUCAAAUGAUAAUGUCAUUUUGUAAUAAGGUUGACUUUCUCUCAGGAUUGACUAUUAAUCUGCUAAAAAAAAAAUGGCUUUGUCGUAUAGUGAUAAAGUUGUUGUAUUUUAGUUGCUCUUCAUCUUUGGGUAUAAAAUUUUAUAGCCAUCACAUAUUUCAAACUAAUAAAAUUGAAAAUAUU